GACAGCUUUGAAUCAGCAGAUGAGCAGGAGAGUGAGGGACAUCAGGAGGAGACUGUGAAGCUCAGCGAGGACAGAGUCUGGCUCAGUGUUUGCAUUUUUCUUCAUCAGGACAAGAUUUGACUAUUAUCUUCCCCCUCAGUGUAUCAUCACCUUGCAUCAAGUCUCCAUUGCUAUGAGGGAAGUGACAGAAGUACAAAUCCAGCUGUGACUCAGAGAGGGGAUCAUAUCAACAUCAGUGUGACUACAGAAAACUCCAGAGUGAGGGUAGAAGUCUUUUCUUUCUCUUAUUAGAGGACACAUUUGUGCAAAGAGUCUAAAGUAAAGAUGCUGUGGAGUCUGUUGUUCAUCACUUUGAUUGGAAGAUCAACUCAACAGGAUCGAGGAUGUAGUCCAGGCUGGGAAACUAUCAAACUGGAUGACAAAGUGGCAUUUCAGUCUUCAGUCUACACAGCCAGUGGUGUCAACUACACUGCUGACAGAGCUUUGGACGGAGAUAAUACGACAGGUUCUCACACUGUACCACAGCCCAUCAGCUGGUGGACAGUUGACUUAUUGGGUCUAUAUGAAAUUUCCUGCAUCAGCAUUUACAACGUAAAUCAAGACAAUAUUGAUCUAAGAGGGGCUCGGAUCCUCAUCGGGAACUCAUCCGAGAGAAAUGCUGCUGACACCACUGAGUGUGCAACAAUCAACACAACUACUAGUGGAGAAAAUAAUACAUUUAAUUGUGAAAAUGGACCAAAGUGGGGGCGUUAUGUAACUGUGUACAAAAACACAUCUGGGUUUGUAAUUCUGUUUGAGGUGACGAUGAAAGGCAGAAACAAAGAGCCAUUUAAACUGAUUAAAGAGAACAAGACAUGGGAAGACGCCCUGUACCACUGCAGAGAGGAACACAUGGAUCUGGUUUCCAUCCUUGAUAAAGAGACCCAGGGCCGGGUUGGGUUGGAGGCUCAGAAGGCUGACACUCCCUUUGUCUGGAUGGGCCUUCAAUACAUCUGUGGCUUCGGCUUCUGGAUCUGGCUUCAGUUUGUUGACAAACGCGAACACACUUUGCACUAG